UGCACAAAACAAACGUCACAAGUCACAAACACUGCAACCAGAGACGGCAGAGACUCUUGAUCACUGCAACUUGAAGACUGAAGUCGGCCGCAUUUAAUUUCGUGGCUCUUAAAGAUCAUUAAGUACUCUAGUCUAGAGGAUUUGUUAAUUUGCAGUGUUGACUAAAAAUCGAUUACAUUUUGCAACAAUAAAAUAAAAAAUGACCACCCCAGCAGCAGCAGCAGCCGCAACGCCAGCAACGGAGUACACCAUCCGAUGUCCCAAGAACACGAACAAAAAACUACACGUCAUGAGGUUCGCUUCUGAACGAGAUCUGGACUUCAAGAAAUGGACAAACGUCAAAAUGGAAAGGGAGAACAACAUGCGCGAGUUCAAAGGCAUGGAGGAGGAUCAGCCAAAAUUUGGCGCAGGCAGCGAAUUUGGUCGCGAUCAACGAGAAGAAGCUCGCCGGAAGAAGCUGGGCAUCGUUAGUCGAAAGUAUCGGCAAGAUGACCAGCCGUGGCUCUUGAAAGUUGGUGGAAAAACUGGCAGGAAGUACAAGGGCAUCAGGGAUGGAGGAAUUGCAGACAAUGCUGCCUAUUAUGUCUUCACUCAUGCUCCGGGAGGACACAUCGAAGCCUAUCCACUUCUGGAGUGGUACAACUUUAUUGCCAUUCAGAGAUUCAAACCUUUGACUGCUGAAGAGGCUGAGGAGGUUUACAGCAAGAGGAACAAGACAAUCGAUUUCUUCAGUCUGAUGAUGCGGAAAAGACUGCGUGGUGACACGGAUGACGCCGACGAGGAUUCCAUCAAGGAGGAGAAGAAAAAGGGGAAGGCUAAGAAGGAUUUCACUAUCUCGGAGAUGGACGAGUGGAUGGAGUCUUCGGAGGAUGACGAGUCAGGGGACGAAGAGAAAGAGGAGGAGAAAGAAGACAAGAAAAAGAAAAAGAAGCAGGUAGGCAAGGACAAAAAGAAGAAGAAGAAGGGAUCUGACGAUGAGGCUAUAGAGGAGAGUGACGAUGGUGAUGAGGAAGGUCGAGAGCACGAGUACAUUUCCGACUCAAGUUCUUCAGAAUCUGAGCAUGAAGGAACCAAGCAGCUCAAGGGAGUGGCUGAGGAAGAUGCCCUGCGCAAACUGUUGACUUCAGACGAAGAUUCCGAGGACGAGGAAAAGAAGGACGAGGACAAGAAAGAUGAUGAGACCAAAGGGGAGGAGGACGAGGAGAAGGCUUCGAAACUCAACAAGAAGAGCAAGAAGAAGGUUGUCGAAAAGAAGGAAAGUAAAGAAUCCAGUUCCGACAUGAGCUCGAACAGUGAAGAUGAGGAAAAGGAAAAGAAGCCCUUGGACGAACCAGUGCCUGCCCCUCAGGAGCAAAAGCCUGUGGUGGAAAAGAGGAAGGCCGGGGACGGCACUCCUCCAUCGUCACCACCACUCAAGAAGCCAAGACCUGAAGGAGCAAAUGAUAGCAUGGAAGAGGCUGUGCGCAGGUACUUGACUAGAAAGCCAAUGACCACCACUGAACUGCUCCAGAAGUUCAAGAGCAAGAAAACUGGCAUGAGCAGUGAACAGCUGUUGAAGCUGAUGACUCAAAUCCUGAAGAGAAUCAACCCUGUGAGGCAAACAAUCAAAGGGAAAAUGUACCUUUCCAUCAAAAAAUGAAAUUUAAUCUAAGUUAUAUAUUAUCUCUACCAGUAAAAAAUUCCAGUGCUGUUUUACUGUGACUAAAUAAAUAAAUUAAACA